AGGCUGAUUUUUUCACCAAUAAUAUUUACUUUGUUGGAAAAUAUCUUCCUUCCUUUUCUUCUCUCACCGAAUUCUCAGUAAAAAUCUUAUUCGUUUCCUUAGCUUCCGUAAAAAUCUGAUAUUUCUUUUCAAUUUCCUUAGCUUUGAUUUCUCGCAUACUUGUGUUGGUGUCCCUUUUUCCAAUUUCCUUUUCUUAUUCUGCGUUCCUUCACUUUUUUCGACAAUAAUUGUCACCAUUAAAAAGUUCUCAACUUUGCCUCUCUCACACACGCACACACUUGACAGACUGAAGAAAUUGUGAAAUUUUCUAGACUAGUUCUGUAACAACCCUCUGACACGGUUACUGUGUGAUCAUCUUAGUUUUAUAACCCUCAACUCAACACAGCAAUGGAGAUGGAAGAAGAGAAGAGAGUGGCCAAACCCUUGAAGAGAAGGCCAGAGGCUUUGGAUUCUGCACUGCCUGAGGCCUACCAGAUGGAUACAGAUCGUGUAUCGAUUCCCAGAGAGUAUCAACUGAAGGUGUAUGAGGUGGCAAUGAAAAGGAACACUAUAGCAAUGUUGGAGACUGGGGCUGGGAAAACUAUGAUAGCCAUUAUGAUGGUCAAGGAAAUUGGUAGAUCUUUGAAGAACAAAGAUGGUGGCAAAAAGCUGAUUGCUUUCUUGGCUCCCACUGUUCAUCUUGUCCACCAGCAAUUUAAGGAGAUACAAUCACACACAGAUCUUCUUGUGAAGGAAUAUUAUGGUGCCCUAGGAGUUGAUGAUUGGAAUGCCGAAAUUUGGGAGAAGGAGAUCAACAACCACGAUGUGUUUGUCAUGACUCCGCAAAUCUUAUUGGAUGCUUUGAGGAAAGCAUAUAUAAGUUUUAAAGUAUUUGGUUUCAUUGUCCUAGAUGAAUGCCACCGAGCCAGUGGUAACCAUCCUUAUGCAAAAAUAAUGGAGGAAUUUUAUCACAGAUCUUCGGUAAGACCGAAGAUUUUUGGGAUGACUGCUUCUCCCGUAAUUAGAAAAGGUGCCUCAUCCAUUAAAGACUCAAAUCAACAAAUAGGGCAGCUUGAAAGUUUGUUAGAUUCCCAGGUUUAUACAUUGGAGGAAAGAGUAGAAAUUGAGGAAUAUAUUCCCUCGGCCAAGCCAAUGUGCAGAUUUUAUGAUCCGUUACCUGUCAACUUUGAAAUCAAAGAUAAAAUAGAAUCUGCAUUGUCUAAGUUCAAUGCGGUUUUGCUUGGAGUGAAAGAGUCCCUGCCAAGUCAGGACACAGAAAUGGCCAACAGAUGCAAGUUGUUGCAGGAUAGAAUGGCCAGCGAUCAUUCAAAAAUUGUGUUUUGCUUUGAAAAUCUUGGGCUGCUAUGCGCUUAUGAGGCUGUUAAAGUAUGCAUGGAAAGUGCUCCUAAGGUUCAAGAAGAAUGUGAGGUUUUUAAGGAAGGCGUCAUGCAAUAUGAAAAGUUUCUUCAGGAGGUUCUUUCAAUAAUCGAAGGAGCUCUAGAGCAUAAGAAUCUUCUAAAUGCGAAUGGUGGAUCAGGUUCACUAGCUACAGGCCAGAUAUCUCCGAAGCUAGUCGAGCUACUUGAAAUUUUUAGAUCGUUCGGGAAAGAUACAGAGCUUCUGUGUAUCAUAUUUGUUGAAAGAAUAAUUGCUGCUAAAGUAAUCGAAAGAGUGAUGAAGAAAAUAGACAAUUUAUCUCAUUUCAAUGUAUCAUAUUUGACGGGAAGUAACUCUGGUGUCGGCGGUCUUUCAUCUAAAGCACAGUUGGAUAUUCUGGAAUCAUUUCGUAAUGGGAGGGUAAAUCUUCUAUUUUCCACUGAUGUGCUUGAGGAGGGAAUUGAUGUAGCCAAAUGUUCCUGGGUGAUUCGCUUUGAUCUACCAAAGACUGUUCGUAGUUAUAUUCAAUCACGGGGGCGAGCUCGCCACAAGGAUUCUCAUUACAUCACCAUGCUCGAGAGAGGAAAUGCCAAGCAGAUAGAUCAUAUGCUUUUCAUUACUAGAAGUGAAACAUCAAUGAUACAUACAGCCGUGAAUCGAGACCCCGGUGUUUCUCCAGUUAAAGCUUGCAAUACAAACAAAGUAGUUUCAUAUGUUGUAGAAUCGUCUGGAGCAUCAGUCACAUCAGAUUCCAGCAUCAGCCUCCUACAUAGAUACUGUCAAACCCUACCUCUAGACAAAUCCUUCUCUCCAAAGCCAAACUUUGAAAUCUUGACAGAGGGAAAUCUUUAUCGAUGCAAAAUGACUCUACCUCCCAAUGCAUCUUUCCAAACUAUAAUCGGACCUGCAGCAGGCAGUCCUAAUGUAUCUAAGCAGCUUGUUUGCUUGGAUGCGUGUAAGAAGUUGCAUUUGAUGGGCGCUCUUGAUGAUCGUUUACUUCCUUCAAAGCAAGGGUCCGCACAGAAGGAUUCCACCUUGAAAGGCGACACAAAACUGAAAAAAGUCAAAGCAGUAACCGGGUCCGCUCAGAAGGAUUCCACCUUGAAAGGCGACACAAAACUGAAAAAAGUCAAAGCAGUAACCGGGUCUGCUCAGAAGGAUUCCACCUCGAAAGGCGACACAAAACUGACAAAAGUCAAAGCAGUAACCUCAGGGCCAGGGACAACAAAGAGAAAGGAAUUACACGGUUCAAUUCGCACCCGCAUUUUAUCAGGAACUUGGGGAGAUAAACUUGGCGAUGUCAUUUUUCAUGCAUACAAAAUCGACUUUGCUUGUAAUAUUGCGGAACAAAAAUAUUCCAGUUUUGUACUUUUGAUGGAGAGCAAGCUAGCCGAUGAUGUGGCAAACAUUGAAGUGGAUUUGUACUUGCUAUCUAAAUUUGUUAAGGCUUCCGUUUCUUCCUGUGGCCAAAUGCAUCUCGAUGGACAACAGGUCGAGAAAGCUAAAUGUUUCCAACAACUAAUUUUCAACGGUUUAUUCGGGAAGUUGUUUGUCAAAUCAUCGGGAAAAAGAAAAUUCAUAUUUGGCACGGAGGCAUUGCCGUGGGAUCCAUCACAUAUGUAUUUACUUUUGCCUUUGGAGUCGGAGGAUAUAGCUACUGAGCGACCAGUGAUCAGCUGGUCAGGAAUUGAUUCCGCUGUUACAACUGUAGAGUUUUUAAAAAAUAAUGCUCUGUUGAAUCUUCAGCAACCUGCAACAGUUGAUGAAGAUACGUCAAUUCAUAUGCACGAUCUAGAUGAGACUAAACUCAGUAGUGAUAUCAUUCACUUGGCCGACAGAUCUGCAACUGUAGAUGGAAUCAAGGAAAUGGUGGUUGUAGCCAUUCAUACCGGCAGAAUUUAUUCGAUUGUGGACAUUGUUAAUGGUACAUCAGGUUCCACCCCUUUUGAAGGAGAAUGCGAUGAAAGUUAUUCAUCCUUUGCUAAUUAUUACUACAAAAAGUAUGGUAUUGUUCUAAAGCAUCCACAGCAGCCUUUGUUGCUUCUGAAGCAAAGCCAUAAUUUACAUAAUCUUCUUGUGGACUUCCGAAAUGAAGGUGAUUCACUAGAGAAAGAUGCAGGCGGCAAAGUGACUGUCGAGAAAAAGCCUCAACAACGUGCUCAAAUCCCGCCAGAACUUGUAGUUGGCACCGAUAUCACUACAUAUAUCUUGAAGUCAUUUUAUUUGCUACCGUCAGUAAUGCAGCGGCUGGAGACGCUAAUGUUGGCCAGCCAGCUCAGGGAAGAAAUUUCACUACAUGCAGGCCAUUCCAGUAUCUCAAGCUCGUUGAUUCUGGAAGCUAUCACUACGCAAAGAUGUAACGAGAGUUUCUCCAUGGAGCGACUAGAGUUGCUUGGAGACUCGUUCUUAAAGUAUGCCGUUAGCUGCCACCUCUUCCUUAAGUAUCCGAAGAUGUGUGAAGGACAAUUGACUUCACAUCGUACUCGGAUCAUUUCCAACUUGUCUCUCCAUAAAUUUGGAACAGAUCGCAAGCUGCAGGAAUAUGUACGGGACUGCCCAUUUGAGCCACGCCGUUGGACUGCUCCAGGACAAAGUUCAAUAUGGCCUUCUCCAUGUGAGCAUCAGUUGGAUACGAGGGAAGUGCCUCUCGUUGACAGAUUUUUUAGUGAAAACACCAACGUAAAGCUUGGAAAGACUUGUGAUAAAGGUCAUCGUUGGAUUGUUUCAAAGACCAUAUCUGACUGCGUUGAAGCUCUCAUUGGGGCAUACUAUGAAGGCGGUGGUUUGACUGCUGCAAUUAGUUUGAUGAAGUGGCUUGGCAUAGAGGUCGAGUCUGAACAUUUUUUGGUAGACGAUGCUAUCAGAACUGCAUCUCUCUAUAGUUAUGCUCCAAAAGCUGAGGAUAUCAGUGUUCUAGAGUCGAAGCUUGGGUAUAACUUCUCCACAAAAGGAUUAUUGCUGGAAGCAAUAACACAUGCUGCAGGAUCUGAAAAAGGUGCUGGCUAUUCUUAUGAGCGCCUCGAGUUCCUUGGUGAUGCCGUGCUUGACAUACUUGUCACACGUCAUCUUUAUAUGAACCAUAGAGAAGUCGACCCCGGGCUGCUGACAGACAUGCGUUCUGCAUCCGUGAAUAACGACAACUUUGCCCUGGCUGCUGUGAGACAGAACCUUCAUCCGCACCUUCAGCACGUCUCAUCGUCUCUAGAGAGCCAAAUUUCAACAUUUGUGAAUCUGGUAUCUAGCAUGAGCACCUCAGCAUUAACACCAGAUAUCAAAGGUCCUAAGGUGCUCGGGGACUUGGUGGAAGGUAUAGCUGGUGCAGUGCUCAUUGAUUCUAAACUCAAUCUUGAUGAAGUUUGGAGAGUCUUUAAACCUAUACUAUCUCCUCUUGUGACUCCUGAGAAACUUGAGCUGCAACCCUCACGCGAACUGACUGAGCUGUGCGACUCUCUUGGUUACUUCAUCAAACAACAUUAUGUGAUGAAAGGUGAUGUUGUGCAUGCAGAACUGAAGUUGCAGCUCGAAAGCGUGCUCUUAAAUGGCAAUGGCGUUGGACCUAACUCGAAAGCUGCAAAGGGAAUGGCAGCUCUUCAGUUAUUGAAGAAAUUAGAGUCGAGAGGAAUAAAAUCUUCCAAGCGGCCAAAGCACGACUCCGAUGCAGAAGCCCCGUCAUUUGCAGUGUCGGAUGAUGACAUUCACUGCGAGCAGCUGAGUGAAACCUCUGGAUCAGUCCCCAAAAGGCGAAAGAUAGUUCAAUCGCAGCAAGAGAGCAUCGUAGAUUCAUCCAGCACAGAGUGCUCGUCUCAGAUGGUGGACAUUCCAGUGAUUCCGCCGAUCGAGAUGAAGAAAGGGGGGCCACGGACCUCACUCCACACCCUAUGCAUGAGACUGCAGUGGCCAGCGCCUAGUUUCCAGACGACGGAGGAAAAAUCAAGAACGGCCUUCACAUUUGGUGACACGACGAGCUUCUGCAGUUUCGAGUCACAGAUCAGCUUGACCAUACCCGAUUCAGGCAAACUGGAGCUCAUGGGAGAGGCCAGAGGUGAUAAGAAGAGCUCGUACGACUCUGCUGCACUCCUGAUGCUGUAUGAACUCGAGAGACUGGGGAGGAUCAGAAUAGGCGAAUGACCGGUGAGACGAGCAACAAGGCGAAUUGACGGUACCAUCGGAAAUAAGGGUAGUGCAAGGAAAUACUUUUUUGAUCAUUUCAGACCUUGAUGUGUUAACAGAUUCAUCAUGUAAAGGUUAAUGCAGUACUGGCACAUGUAAAUAUAUUUUUAACCGGCAAAUUUGGUAAAUGUAUAUAUAUUUUUAACUUGAA